AUGGAGGUACUUAUGGCGGAACGGGCCAAUCUGGUAUUUCACAAUAAAGUGAUAGAUGGAACUGCUAUUAAACGACUUAUUAGCCGAUUAAUAGAUCACUUCGGGAUGGCAUAUACAUCACACAUCCUAGAUCAAGUAAAGACUCUGGGUUUCCAGCAAGCAACUGCUACAUCCAUUUCAUUAGGAAUUGAUGAUCUUUUAACGAUACCUUCUAAGGGCUGGCUUGUCCAAGAUGCUGAACAACAAAGUUUGAUUUUGGAAAAACACCAUCAUUAUGGGAAUGUACAUGCGGUAGAAAAAUUACGCCAAUCUAUUGAGAUAUGGUAUGCUACAAGUGAAUAUUUGCGACAGGAAAUGAAUCCUAAUUUUAGGAUGACGGACCCUUUCAAUCCAGUCCAUAUGAUGUCUUUUUCGGGAGCUAGAGGAAAUGCAUCUCAAGUACAUCAAUUAGUAGGUAUGAGAGGAUUAAUGUCGGAUCCCCAAGGACAAAUGAUUGAUUUACCUAUUCAAAGCAAUUUACGCGAAGGACUGUCUUUAACAGAAUAUAUUAUUUCUUGCUAUGGAGCCCGUAAAGGAGUUGUAGAUACUGCGGUCCGCACAUCAGAUGCUGGAUAUCUUACGCGUCGACUUGUUGAAGUAGUUCAACAUAUUGUUGUACGUCGAACGGAUUGUGGCACUAUCCGAGGGAUUUCUGUGAGUCCUCGAAAUAAAAGUCGGAUGAUGUCAGAAAGAAUUUUUAUCCAAACAUUAAUUGGUCGUGUCUUAGCAGACGAUAUAUAUAUAGGUUCCCGAUGUGUCGCCUUUCGAAAUCAAGAUCUUGGGAUUGGACUUGUCAAUCGAUUCAUAACCUUUGGAACACAAUCAAUAUCUAUUCGAACUCCCUUUACUUGUCGGAGUACAUCUUGGAUCUGUCGAUUAUGUUAUGGCCGGAGUCCCACUCAUGGUGACCUAGUUGAAUUGGGGGAAGCUGUAGGUAUUAUUGCGGGUCAAUCUAUUGGCGAACCGGGGACUCAACUAACAUUAAGAACUUUUCAUACCGGUGGAGUAUUUACAGGAGGUACUGCCGAACAUGUACGAGCCCCUUAUAAUGGAAAAAUCAAAUUUAAUGAGGAUUUGGUUCAUCCUACACGUACACGUCACGGGCAUCCUGCCUUUCUAUGUUAUAUAGACUUGUCUGUAAUUAUUGAGAGCGAAGAUAUUAUACAUAGCGUGACUAUUCCACCAAAAAGUUUUCUUUUAGUUCAAAAUGAUCAAUAUGUGGAAUCAGAACAAGUGAUUGCUGAGAUUCGCGAGGGAACAUCCACUUUUCAUUUUAAAGAGAGGGUUAGAAAAUAUAUUUAUUCUGACUCCGAGGGCGAAAUGCAUUGGAGUACUGAUGUAUCCCAUGCACCCGAAUUUACAUAUAGUAAUGUCCAUCUUUUACCAAAAACAAGUCAUUUAUGGAUAUUAUCAGGAGGUUCUUGUGGAUCUAGUCUAAUUCUUUUUUCGAUCCACAAAGAUCAAGAUCAAAUGAACAUACCCUUUCUUUCCGUCGAAAGAAAAUCUAUUUCUAGCCUCUCAGUGAAUAAUGAUCAAGUGAGCAAAAAAUUUUUCAGUUCAGAUUUUUCUGAUAAAAAAAAAUCUGGGAUUCCCAAUUAUUCAGAAUUGAAUGGAAUCGUAGGUACUAGUCAUUAUAAUUUCAUAUAUUCUGCUAUUUUUCAUGAGAAUUCGGAUUUAUUAGCAAAAAGGCGAAGAAAUAGAUUUCUCAUUCCAUUCCAAUCGAUUCAAGAGCAAGCGAAAGAGUUCAUACCACAUUCAGGUAUCUCGAUUGAAAUACCCAUAAAUGGUAUUUUCCGUAGAAACAGUAUUUUUGCUUUUUUUGAUGAUCCUAGAUACAGAAGAAAGAGUUCCGGAAUUCUUAAAUAUGGAACUCUAAAGGCGGACUCAAUCGUCCAAAAAGAGGAUAUGAUUGAGUAUCGAGGAGUCCAAAAAUUUAAGACAAAAUACGAAAUGAAAGUAGAUCGCUUUUUUUUCAUUCCUGAGGAAGUGCAUAUUUUACCCGAAUCCUCCGCCAUAAUGGUACAGAACUAUAGUAUCAUUGGAGUCGAUACACGAAUCACUUUAAAUAUAAGAAGCCAAGUCGGCGGGUUGAUCCGAGUGGAGAGAAAAAAAAAAGGAUUGAACUCAAAAUAUUUUCGGGGGAUAUCCAUUUUCCGGACAAGACAGAUAAGAUAUCCCGACAUAGUGGCAUCUUGAUACCGCCAGGAAGGGGAAAAACAAACUCUAAAGAAUCAAAAAAUUUAAAAAAUUGGAUUUAUGCCCAACGGAUCACACCAACCAAGAAAAGUUUUUUGUUUUGGUGCGGCCCGUAGCUACCUAUGAGAUAAUGGACAGUAUAAAUUUAGCAACACUCUUCCCACAAGAUCUCUUUCGGGAAAAGGAUAAUAUUCAACUUCGAGUUUUCAACUAUAUCCUUUAUGGAAAUGGUAAACCAACUCGAGGAAUUUCUGACACAAGUAUUCAAUUGGUUCGCACUUGUUUAGUCUUGAAUUGGGACCAAGACAACAAAAAUUCUUCCCUCGAGGAGGUCCGCGCUUUCGUUGUUGAAGUAAGUACAAAGGGUUUGAUUCGAGAUUUCAUAAGAAUUGGCUUAGUGAAAUCCCAUAUUUCGUAUAUAAGAAAAAGAAAUAAUCCGCCGGAUUCGGGAUUGAUCUCUGCAGAUUCCGUGAAUCCGUUUUAUUCGCUUUCUCCCAAGGCUGGCAUUCUUCAACAAUCGCUUAGACAAAAUCAUGGAACUAUUCGUAUGUUCAGAAAUAAGGAAUCCCAAUCUUUGUUAAUUUUAUCAUCCUCUAAUUGUUUUAGAAUCGGUCCAUUUAAUCAUGUAAAAUAUCACAAUGUUAUAAACCAAUCAAUAAAAAAAAAACCUCUAAUUACAAUUCAAAAUUCGUCGGGCCCCUUAGGAACAGCCAUUCAAAUUUCGAAUUUUUAUUCAUUUUUGCCUUUACUAACUUAUAAUCAGAUCUCUGUAAUUAAAUAUUUGCAACUUGAUAACUUCAAAUAUAUUUUUCAAAUAAUUCACUCUUAUUUAAUAGAUGAAAACGGAAGAAUUUUUAAUCUAGAUCCAUACAGUAACCUUGUUUUGAAUCCAUUCAAAUUGAAUUGGUAUUUUCUUCAUCAAAAUUAUAAUAAUUAUUAUUGUGAGGAAACGUCCACAAUAAUAAGUCUUGGACAAUUUUUUUGUGAAAAUCUAUGUAUAGCCAAAAAAGAACCAUACCUAAAAUCGGGUCAAGUUUUAAUUGUUCAAAGGGAUUCUGUAGUAAUAAGAUCCGCUAAGCCCUAUUUGGCUACUCCGGGAGCAAAAGUUCACGGGCAUUAUAGAGAAAUUCUUUACGAAGGGGAUACAUUAGUUACAUUUAUAUAUGAAAAAUCGAGAUCCGGUGAUAUAACCCAAGGUCUUCCAAAAGUAGAACAGGUGUUAGAAGUCCGCUCGAUUGAUUCAAUAUCACUGAACUUAGAAAAGCGGAUUAAGGGUUGGAACAGGUGUAUAACAAGAAUUCUUGGAAUUCCUUGGGGAUUCUUGAUUGGUGCUGAGCUAACUAUAGUGCAAAGUCGUAUUUCUUUGGUUAAUAAGAUUCAAAAGGUUUAUCGAUCCCAGGGGGUGCAGAUUCAUAAUAGGCAUAUCGAAAUUAUUGUACGUCAAAUAACAUCAAAAGUUUUGGUUUCAGAAGAGGGAAUGUCUAAUGUUUUUUUACCUGGAGAAUUGAUUGGAUUGUUACGAGCAGAACGCACGGGGCGUGCUUUAGAAGAAGCAAUCUGUUAUCGAGCCGUUUUAUUAGGAAUAACUCGAGCAUCUUUGAAUACUCAAAGUUUUAUAUCCGAAGCAAGUUUUCAAGAAACUGCUAGAGUUUUAGCAAAAGCUGCUCUUCGGGGUCGUAUCGAUUGGUUGAAAGGCCUGAAAGAAAAUGUUGUUCUAGGGGGUGUGAUCCCCGCCGGGACCGGGUUCAACAAAGGAUUGGUGCAUUGUUCACGGCAACAUACCAAUAUUCUUUUUGAAAAAAAAACAAAGAAUUUAUCUUUAUUAGAGGGAGAUAUGAGAGAUAUUUUAUUUUAUCACAGGGAAUUUUGUGACUCUUCUAUUUACAAAUCUGCCUUUUCUAGAAUUGAAUAAUUCCUAAUAGCAGAUUCCUGUUUUGAAUUUCAUGUUUUAUUGUUUGCUGUAGUCAUUUGCUUUAAUAAUUUGUUAACACUAAUAAAGAUAAUAAUGAAUACAAAAUAAUGGCUCGGCUCGUGCAUAAACGGACAAGAGAAGGUUCCAUUGGAACAAAUUUUUAUUUUAGUUUUGGGUACCCCCCUUUUAAGUGUGAAAAGAAAUGACAAAAAGAUAUUGGAACAUCGAUUUGGAAGAGAUGAUGAGAGCAGGAGUUCAUUUUGGGCAUGGUACUAGGAAAUGGAAUCCUAGAAUGGCACCUUAUAUUUCUGCAAAGCGUAAAGGUAUUCAUAUUAUAAAUCUGACUAGAACUGCUCGUUUUUUAUCAGAAGCUUGUGAUUUAGUUUUUGAUGCAGCAAGUAGGGGAAAACAAUUCUUAAUUGUUGGGACAAAAAAUAAAGCAGCUGAUUUAGUGUCGCGGGCUGCAAUAAGGGCUCGGUGUCAUUAUGUUAAUAAAAAGUGGCUCGGCGGCAUGUUAACAAAUUGGUCUACUACAGAAAAAAGACUUCAUAAGUUUAGGGACUUGAGAACUGAACAAAAGACAGAGGGAUUCAACCGUCUUCCGAAAAGGGAUGCAGCUGUGUUGAAGAGACAAUUAUCUCGCUUGGAAACAUAUCUAGGCGGGAUUAAAUAUAUGACGGGAUUGCCUGAUAUUGUAAUCAUCAUCGAUCAGCAAGAAGAAUAUACGGCUCUUCGAGAAUGUAUAACUUUGGGAAUUCCAACCAUUUCUUUAAUCGAUACAAAUUGUAAUCCCGAUCUCGCGGAUAUUUCUAUUCCAGCAAAUGAUGACGCUAUAGCUUCAAUUCGAUUCAUUCUUAACAAAUUAGUAUUCGCAAUUUGUGAGGGUCGUUCUAGCUAUAUACAAAAUUCUUGAUUAAUAAUAAGAUAAAUAAAUCAAUUUUUUUUGAGGGAGGGGCUCCCUGUAUUUCGAUUUAUAAAAUCGGUUACUAUUCCUGAAUCAUACAAAAGAAAAAGAGAUAAAAAACUGGGUAUAUUGUGUGAUUCGUUUAGUUGGUAUCCAAAACUAAAAUAAAAAUUCAAGUAAAUAAGUAAAAAAAAAGGGGGGUCUUGAAUCAAAAUAAUUUAAAGUUCUUAUUUCUGUCAGAGGGCAAUAUGAAUGUUUUAUCAUGUUCCAUCAAUACACUAAUAAAAGAAGGGUUAUAUGAGAUAUCUGGUGUAGAAGUAGGCCAACAUUUCUAUUGGCAAAUAGGGGGGUUCCAAGUCCAUGCGCAAGUCCUUAUUACUUCUUGGGUUGUAAUUGCUAUCUUAUUAGGUUCCGCAGCUCUAGCGGUUCGCAAUCCACAAACCAUUCCAACUGGCGGCCAAAACUUCUUUGAAUUUGUCCUUGAAUUCAUUCGAGAUGUGAGUCAAACCCAGAUUGGAGAAGAAUACGGUCCAUGGGUUCCCUUUAUUGGAACCCUGUUUUUAUUUAUUUUUGUUUCUAACUGGUCAGGAGCCCUUUUACCGUGGAAAAUUAUCCAGUUACCUCAAGGGGAGUUAGCAGCACCAACGAAUGAUAUAAAUACGACGGUUGCUUUAGCUUUACUCACAUCAGUAGCAUAUUUUUAUGCGGGUCUUAGCAAAAAAGGAUUAGGGUAUUUCAGUAAAUACAUUCAACCAACUCCAAUUCUUUUACCCAUUAACAUCUUAGAAGAUUUUACAAAACCCCUAUCACUGAGUUUUCGACUUUUCGGAAAUAUAUUAGCCGAUGAAUUAGUAGUUGUUGUUCUUGUUUCUUUAGUACCUUUAGUGGUUCCUAUACCUGUCAUGUUCCUUGGAUUAUUUACAAGCGGGAUUCAAGCUCUCAUUUUUGCCACUUUAGCUGCGGCUUAUAUAGGUGAAUCCAUGGAGGGUCAUCAUUAACUAUUUUUUUUUUUCAAAUUUAGGUUAGCCCAAUUAUCGAAUAGUUGGUUUACGUUAUGUAAGAAACACUUGUAUAUGUCAUAUUUGAUAUUGACUAGGUAUAUAUAAGUUAAAGAUCUAUAUAAUCUGCCCCACUAUUUUUGUGAAUUUCUAUUUAGAUAACGAUUCGAUUAUAAGUUCUUACUUUUUAUCUGUGAAUUGGCUGAAAAAAACGAUCAAAAAAAGAACGAAGAAUUAAAAGAAAAGAAUGGUUCACAAAAAAGAAACGGCAUAAAAAAGUCGUAUAUAUAUAUAUUAUGCAUUUUUCAAAAUCCCGUGGAUAGGAACUAAUAUCAAAGUAAUUCUUAUCAAGUUUUUGGUUAUUUUGGCUGGAUGAAUCUUAGCGAUGACUUAAUUAUAAUUAAGUCCUAAGUCGUUGGAUGAUUGUAUCAUUAACUAUUUCUUUAUUUUGGUGUGAGGAACUUAUCAUGAAUCCACUGGUUUCUGCUGCUUCGGUUAUUGCUGCUGGGUUGGCUGUUGGGCUUGCUUCUAUUGGACCUGGGGUUGGUCAAGGUACAGCUGCGGGUCAAGCUGUCGAAGGUAUCGCGAGACAACCUGAGGCAGAAGGAAAAAUACGAGGUACUUUAUUGCUUAGUUUGGCUUUUAUGGAAGCUUUAACAAUUUAUGGCCUAGUUGUAGCAUUAGCGCUUUUAUUUGCGAAUCCUUUUGUUUAAUCCUAGAAAUAAUAAAAUUAGGAAUUUUUUUUUUCGUAGUUUUUUUUAUUCUAUCAAGAUUUCACUCCUACAAUUAUUCAUUGAGACAACAACCCUUGGGAAGGACUAAUUUGAGGAUGGGGAAUUAACACAUCGAUUCGCUUUCUUCCUUCCCCUUAUUCUUUUUAGUUUAAUGGAAAUUUUUUUUUAAGGAGUGUUGCGCAAAAAGGAGGUUUAGGUUUUUUAAAAUUGAUAUAAAACUUGGUCUCAAAUUCUAGCUUAAUUUUAAUUAAGUCUCAUUAUUAUUA